ACAAUGUCCAGUCAUAAUUUUAACCUCUUGCGUAAAACUAGUAUCGUAACAAUUCUCAACGAAAAACAAUCAUCAUGGAGUCUCAGUUGCAAAUAUGGGACAUAUUUCGCGAUUUUUCCAAUGAUAACGUCUCCCUCUUACGUUCCGCAAGACUCGCCCAUGUUCACGGGAAUAUCGCCAUUCUCAUAACUCACGAGGACGACGUGUAUCUCGCAACUCGGCGGAACGACCUCGUCCCCCCGAACGUUGUCAAGGUGCCGGAACUUUGCGGUAAAGAGGGGAAAGAGUUCAUUGUCGAAACUAAUUUUAUGAUGAUGGUGACGAAAAAUGGCGAAUUAUAUGCGUGGUCACAUUACUCACCGGAACCAAUUUACCGUCCCCAACAGAAGAUGGGGAGUCUGAGUGGGAGAUUCGUAACAAGCGCCGUGCUCUCACCGGGGUCAGUAAUCGCGUUGGUGUUAACGGACGAUGGCCACGUUCACCAGUGGGGUUUUGGGCUGGUGGAACCCUUCCUAAUCCAGGUGGACGCCACGAUGGGGAGAAUCAAGUCUCUCGUGUGCAGUUAUUGGAUUAGUUUGGCUCUCAUGGAAAAUGGAGAGGUCUUUUACUGGGUGACAAAGAGAAGUCCGGGAAAACCGAAAAAACUCGAGGCACCAAAUCUACCACCGUUUAAGAAGAUCACGGCGAGCAAGACCAACAUUCUUGGAUUGACGGUCCAAGGAUCGGUUCAUUUCGUCUCACCUGCAGCCUAUCUAUGGUGUGAUAUCCCAAAAUUUAGCAACGUUCGAGACAUCACGACACAUUUUACCGAAGAAACUUGCGUAUUCCAUUUAAUGGAGGAGAAUCUAGUUGCAAAAAACGUUGCGGAAGAUGAAUCAAUUUCCCAUAUAUUUUUGAACAAUGGAAUCGACGAGAUUUUUGCAAUUCUUUACCAAAAAUCGUAUCGGUCUUUUAAUCCACAAAUUAAAUUUGGGUGUGACACGGCGCAACGAACUUUAUGUGAAGAUAUUGCCGGCCUUUGGAACUCGGAUGACACCGAUGUCACGUUUUCCAUCCAGGGUAGAAAGAUUAAGGCACAUCGGGUCAUUCUAAAAUGCAGGAGUAUCUACUUCGCCAAGAUGUUUGACAACGAGUGGAAAGAGAGUAGAGAUUCGUAUAUUGAUAUUCCGGAUGUCAAAUUCUGCGUGUUUGAAGCCUUCCUGUACUACAUUUACCAUGCCAGAGUGUAUUUCUCGGUCGAUCAGUACGAUAAUAUUUUAGGUCUACUCAAGUUGGCUGACUGCUAUUGUGAGACUGUACUACGGAAAGAGUGUGAAUUAAUUUUGAUGCAAAAUAUUAAUUCUGAAAAUGCCUUCUUUCUCUUUGAAAACGCGUAUCUGGCCAACGCUACGGAGUUAGAAAACGGAGCUUUUAACUUCCUCCUGGUUAAUAGAUCCACCCUGCUGGACAAUAUUGAGGGGAUGGACGCCUUACAAAGUGUGCUAGGACCACGUGCCAUGGCCAACUUGGUGUUAAGAUUGUUGCCUCGGUGUAAUUAAUUGUGUCUCCCCUAAUUGCGAAGGAAUUAUGCAACUUUCUUGAAACCAUCGGCUGGAAUUAUGCACACUUUUAAUUAUUUAAGAAUUUGGUUAAUUAAUCAUUUGUAUUGAAGGGCACAUUUACACAAUAUUGGGGAAAAAAUUUGAUGUGUUUCCUCGUACAUUUUGAGCCCUAUUAAAAAAAUGUUACUAAACAUUUAGAAACCCUUUUAAUAUACUGUUCUAAUUGAUAUUUUAAUUUUGGUGGUAAGAUUGUUGCCUCUAUGUAAAUAACAGGAAAAAAUCUUGAGACGAUCGGACAGAGUUAAAUAUUUACACUCUUAAUUAUUUAUUAGAUUAAUUAAUUUAUCGGUAUUGAACGGCAUGUUUGCGCAAUAUUGUGAAGAAAAUGGUGUAUUUACUUCUAUAAACAUUUCCAACUUUUAAAUGUACCCUAGAAUUUCGAAAUCUUUUAAUAUUCCGAACAAUACCAUUUCAAAAAUUUUAAAUCAAUAUGUAAAUAUUUAUACUUAUCUGACAUAUGAAUCUAAUUAAGGACGAGAUUAACUUCAAUGAAUAAAUAUUCGAUAAGAUAAUACAGUACUUAUCGAAAUUAAUA